AUAAAGCAAACCCCUAGCCUCUGAGACUGAAGGCUGAGUUGUGGAAAUUGCUAAUGUCAUCAGGGGAUGAUUUGUGGCCUUGUGUAAUCCCCCCAGAUUGGAUGCCACUCUGUCUUUGAUGUUUUCCAAGUGUUGGAAUCUCUUAUUGUGGGGAGAAAACACUGAAUUUGAGUAAUAGUUUCUCUUUUGCUUCUUUGCCAGUGUUUUGGUAUUUGAUGACUAUUGCCUCCGUUUUAUACAUGAAGAAAACCACUUUAAAUAAAUUUAUUUGCUCAUGCAUCCAGGACCUGGCAGUCCAGGAUGAACCUACGUCCUCCUCAGAGGUCCCUGCAGAAGUCAUGAGGUACCUUGUACAUCCCCAGCUCCCCCAGGCCCCUGGGUACCCAGCCUGCCAUCCACCACAGUGCUCCCGUACAAGGAAAGGGGAGUUUGCUUUUCUAGGAGAUGGAGCAUGGGGUGUAGGUGAGGACACUCGGUCGAAGUGAGCAGAAGGGAGACUGCUUCUGACAGCACUGUGAGAGGCCAUGCCUCCUCCCAGGACAAGGGAGGAGAGGGACCACCGAGACCGACACCACCAUCGAGCUCCCAGGGAAGAAGAGGCCGCCGAGAAAUGGGACUGGAAUUGCCCUGAGACUCGUCGCCUCUUGGAAGACGUAUUCUUCCGUGAUGAGGAUUACAUUCGCCGUGGUUCUGAGGAAUGCCAGAAGUUCUGGGCCUUCUUUGAACGCCUGCAGAGAUUUCAGCACCUCAAGGCCCCUAGGAAGGAGGAGAAGGACCCUGGCCAUCCCAAACGCGGCAUCCCUGCUCUGGCUGAUCUACCUCGCGCAUAUGACGCACGCUACCGCAUCAAUCUCUCCAUCCUCGGCCCGGACCCUCGGAGUUGUCAGGGGCCGGGCAGACGCUUGCCCCCUGAGAGAGUGUCCGAGUUCCGUCGGGCACUGCUCCACUACCUGGACUUCGCGCAGAAGCAGGCUUUUGGGCGGCUGGCCAAACUGCAGCGCGAGCGGGCCGCGCUUCCCAUCGCCCAGUACGGGAACCGCAUCCUGCAGACUCUCAAGGAGCACCAGGUGGUGGUGGUGGCUGGUGACACAGGCUGCGGCAAAUCUACUCAGGUCCCCCAGUACUUACUGGCUGCAGGCUUCAGUCAUGUGGCAUGCACUCAGCCGCGGAGAAUCGCCUGCAUCUCACUGGCCAAGCGGGUCGGCUUCGAGAGCCUCAGCCAGUAUGGCUCCCAGGUUGGCUACCAGAUCCGCUUUGAAAGCACACGCUCGGCGGCCACCAAGAUCGUGUUUCUGACGGUCGGGCUGCUCCUACGCCAGAUCCAGCGCGAGCCCACCCUGCCCCAGUACCAGGUCCUGAUCGUGGACGAGGUCCACGAGCGGCACCUGCACAAUGACUUCCUGCUGGGCAUCCUGCGCCGCCUGCUGCCCGGGCGGCCUGACCUCAAGGUCAUCCUCAUGUCGGCCACCAUCAACAUCUCUCUCUUCUCCAGCUACUUCAGCCAUGCCCCUGUGGUGCAGGUUCCUGGGAGGCUCUUCCCCAUCACGGUAGUGUACCAGCCGCAGGAGGCAGAGCAGACCACGUCCAAGUCCGAGAAGCUGGACCCACGUCCCUUCCUGCGAGUGCUGGAGGCCAUCGACAAUAAGUAUCCCCCCGAGGAGCGGGGGGACCUCCUUGUGUUCCUCAGUGGCAUGGCAGAGAUCAGUACGGUGCUGGACGCUGCCCAGGCCUACGCCAGCCUCACCCAGCGCUGGGUGGUGCUGCCACUGCACAGCGCUCUCUCUGUGGCCGACCAAGACAAGGUGUUCGAUGUGGCUCCAGCUGGAGUCCGGAAGUGCAUCCUGUCCACCAACAUUGCUGAGACCUCUGUCACCAUCGACGGGAUCCGCUUCGUGGUGGAUUCUGGGAAGGUGAAGGAGAUGAGCUACGACCCCCAGGCCAAGCUGCAGCGGCUGCAGGAAUUCUGGAUCAGCCAGGCCAGCGCGGAGCAGCGCAAGGGCCGAGCGGGCCGCACGGGCCCUGGUGUCUGCUACCGCCUCUAUGCUGAGUCUGACUACGAUGCCUUCGCUCCAUACCCAGUCCCAGAAAUUCGCAGGGUGGCCCUGGACGCACUGGUACUUCAGAUGAAGAGUAUGAGUGUGGGAGACCCCCGGACCUUCCCCUUCAUCGAGCCCCCUCCACCUGCCAGCCUGGAAACUGCUAUCCUGUAUCUCCGAGACCAGGGGGCCCUGGACAGCUCCGAGGCCCUCACCCCCAUCGGGUCUCUGCUGGCCCAGCUGCCUGUAGACGUUGUCAUUGGGAAGAUGCUGAUCCUGGGCUCCAUGUUCAGCCUGGCAGAGCCUGUGCUGACAAUCGCUGCUGCCCUCAGCGUCCAGUCACCAUUCACCCGCAGCGCCCAGAGCAACCUGGACUGUGCCACAGCCCGGCGGCCCCUGGAAAGUGACCAGGGGGACCCCUUCACACUCUUCAAUGUCUUCAACGCCUGGGUGCAGGUGAAGUCUGAGCGGAACAAGAACUCUCGCAAGUGGUGCCGCCGCCGGGGUGUGGAGGAGCACCGGCUGUACGAGAUGGCCAACCUCCGGCGCCAGUUCAAGGAGCUGCUGGAGGAUCACGGGUUGCUGAGUGGAGCCCAGGCAGAGGCCCCGAGGGACAGCUACAGUCGGCUGCAGCAGCGCCGAGAGCGCCGGGCCCUGCACCAGCUGAAGCGGCAGCACGAGGAGGGUGCGGGCCGAAGGCGCAAGGUGCUGAGGCUGCAGGAGGAUGUCGGCUCCAGUGAUGAAGACCACGAAGGCCCCGCCUCCCAGCGGGCUGACAGCGUCGACAUCCAGGAUGUGAAGUUCAAGCUUCGGCACAACCUGGAGCAGCUGCAGGCAGCAGCCAGCUCAGCCCAGGACCUGACCCGAGACCAGCUGACCCUCCUCAAGCUGGUGCUGGGCCGGGGCCUCUACCCACAACUGGCUGUGCCCGAUGCAUUCAACAGCGGCCGCAAAGACACGGACCAGAUUUUCCACACCCAGGCCAAGCAGGGCACCGUGCUGCACCCCACCUGUGUCUUCGCCAACAGCCCUGAAGUAUUGCACACACAGGGGCAGGAGGCCUCGGGCCGUGAAGGGAGCCAAGAUGCCAAGGACCAAAUGAGCUGCAGGCACCAGCUGCUGGCCUUCGUCUCCCUGCUGGAGACCAACAAGCCAUACCUGGUGAACUGCGUCUGCAUCCCGGCCCUCCAGUCCCUCCUGCUGUUCAGCCGGUCCAUCGACACCAAUGGUGACUGCUCCCGCCUGGUGGCUGACGGUUGGCUGGAGCUGCAGCUGGUAGACAGUGAGAGUGCCGUCCGGCUCCUGGCCACGGCCCUGCAGCUCCGUGCCCGCUGGGAGAGCGCCCUGGACCGGCAGCUGGCCCAGCAGGCCCAGCGACAGCGGCUAGGGCAGGAGGAAGAGGCGGAGUCUCCAGCAGUCAGCCCCCGGGAGAUGGCUACCCUGAGCAGGGAGCUGCUGCAGUUCAUGGCGGCCAAGGUUCCCUACAGCCUCCGACGGCUCACUGGCCUAGAAGCCCAGAACCUCUAUGUGGGACCCCAGACCAUCACGACCGCCCCGAGUCUGCCCGGUCUCUUUGGAAACUCUACCCUGUCCCCCCACCCCACCAAGGGGGGCUACGCUGUCUCUGAUUUUCUUACCUACAACUGCCUCACGAGUGACACCGACCUGUACAGUGAGUGUCUCCGCUCCUUCUGGACCUGCCCACACUGUGGCCUGCAUAUGCCCUUCACACCCCUGGAGCGCAUCGCUCACGAGAACACCUGCCCCGAGGCGCCCAGGGAGGAUCCAGGGUCUGAGGAGGCUGCUUCUGCAGCACCGCAGAAAGCCUCGGCGCUGCAGAGACCCUACCACUGCCAGCUGUGUGGGGAGGAUUUCCUCUUCACUCCCACCGAGGUGCUGAGACAUCGCAGGCAGCACGUGUGAUCCAGGAGCUCCAGGGAGCACCCCAGGUGCUCCAGGCCAGAACUCCAGGGAACACUCCAGAUGGGGGGCAGUGGGGUGGGUGUCCGUGUAAAUAAAGCAGACUUUGCAUCUGAA